CAAAUUAGCUAGCAACAGCAAGCUAGCUAGCUACAUUGUAAUGAAUGUUUCAUGCGUUUCAACCUGUCCCCAAAUGAAUAUAGUUGGUUCAGAGUUUGUUUUGAUAUUGCAACCUGUGUCCUGAUCACGUCCGGUAUGGAUGGAUAAAAUCAACGUGUGCGAUGGCGCACGCGCGUGCCCGGUCUCGUCAGCAUGUGACUCAGCUGCAGCACUCUCUCAACUAGUGCUCUUAAUGCACACACCCCUCCGGCUCUCCACCACUUACUCACCCCCAGCAUCAGUAGCAGGUCACAGUGAAUUAUAUAUAAUUUUUCAGAGAAAUACUAUGGCCGCCAUGGUGCAAUUUAGAAGGAGCCCAAAAAUCCGCGACGAAUACAUUUUCGCCUGCGGCAACGUUUUCAAAGUAGCCCAAUUUGGUGGAAAACCUGUGAACAUGGCAGCAUUGCUUUGAGUUGACAGCCUGCACAUGCACAUUUCUGCGUCGAGACGACCAUUAGCCCCAAUGACAUAUUUCUGCACAUUCUCUUAGCUAGCCAACGUCGCCAUGACAUCGCCUACAAUUGUGAACAGGAUUUCUAUAGAAGCAGUUUCUGCCUCCAAUCUUCAUUCUGUACUGUCUUUGACUGAGCUACAAUAAGAUCGAAACCAAUCAGGUGGUUGUUCGACGAAACCAACGUCAUUGAUCACGUACUUCUGAUAAAGCGAUUGAGGCAUUGGCACAUUGCUUUGAAGUACACUGCUUAGCGAUUUUGAUGCAUGCCUCGGAGCUCCGGGAUCAAACGUAACAUAUGGGAAUACAAGGUUCAUAUCUUGUCUAACCAAGAUUUACAAUGUAUUUGACACAACGAAAUUAACAAAAUAGCAUGCAAACGUUACACCACGCCGAGUUCAAUCGAAUCGGGCCUGGCUAGCUAUCUCAAGUAUAAGUAGCUAGCUGUGCUCGUUUCACCCACCCGACGUGGUAUUAGCUGGCAGCAUGCAUAAUGCAAAGGGCCACUGUUAAAUCAAAGUGUGGGACACUGAACUAUGCAGCAUGUAUGUCUCCAAAAGGAUCUCCAAUGCCUAUUUUGUCUGUGAAAGAAGGCCCACUUUGACCUCUGCCACAGAGACAUGCCCACACAACUUUGCCGAAAUGCUGCCCACGGAAAUGAGCUUGAAGAUUUUUAGUGAACUGGACAUUGGCAGCUUAUGUUGUGCAUUGUUGACCUGCAAACUGUGGCACCACAUCAUUGAAGACAGCGACCACCUCUGGAGGAAUCAUUGCCUGACUGUGCGAGCUUUCUGUCAACAGGAGAUUGAUGGGGACAGACAGUAUGGACUGUCAUGGAAGGUCACCCUGGUGCGGAACUACAGGAGAGGUUUUCUGAAGAGCGAAUGGUUAAGGGGACGAUACAGCAACAUUCAUUCUGCCGAUGAACUACUGGACAGGAACAUGUGCUCAUUGGAUGUCGAGACUUGGGGCGAGAUUCUGGAAGCAGAGCUGGAGAGAUAGAUGCAAAUCCCAUAAAGAGCUAUGAAUGAACCUUUUAGAUUUUCUUUUAUAAUUAUGUCUUAAGGACUUAUUGAUUUGUUUUAUACCUUUUAUACAGUUUUAUGUGAUUAUGGUUAAUAAUCAUAAACUUAAAUAUUUUUUUGUUAUUCAUUAAUAUAUGGUAGGCUAUAUUCCAGGAAAAUAACGAUACCCUUUAAUGAAUUCCUAAAUCAGUGAUACAAUUGGGCCUUCACCACACUCAAUAAAAUGGGCUAUUAAGAUGUUAAUUUGCAUUUACAGUAUAGCACUUUUACGACUUGGCAGUAUUUAUUAGCUAUUUAAAUUCCUUUGGUUGACAGUGUGUAUAUGAGUUAUACUGUAUACAAUAAUACUCAUAAUGCACUGUAUCAGAUAUAUCGGGCUGGAGCACUAUAUUUUCUAUUUUAAUUAAUUUUGACAUGACUGUUCAUGUGUUCACUUCAUGUACAUCCAUGCAUAUUCAUGUGUUACUCACUGUAGGCUAUAUCACCAUGGAUCACCAUACAUUCAUUGAAAGACAUGAUUUUGAUGCACAAACACAUUUGGUGUGGUGCAUAAUAUCUUCAAUAGUCUAAUUCAAUUAUUGCAGAUAGUUUAAAUAUGGCAAUUGACUUUGUCUUUAUAAUUAUGGUACUAUCUGCCACUGUAUCAAAAGCCACACCCACAAAUUAAACGGCAAUGAAACUUCGGGUUCUUUAACAAAGGUCCACUCGUUCAGCAGCAUGGACAGGGCCAAUUCAAAUCAAUUGACGGGGUUUCUAACAAGAUCCAAUGUCAGCACUUCGGACAGGGAUAGCUAACAAUAUUCAAAUGAAUGGAUUCAGACAUUGAACAUUAGGAUAGUUCACCCUAGAGCGUUAAUUGUUGAUUUAUAGUUUAAUACAGUGUGUGGGCCUACAUCCUGCCGGUAUGUCCGUGCAAGCAUAUAGCAGCCUAAAAACAAAAUAUACUGAGUGUACAAUGCUUUCCAUGACAUAAGACUAUCCAGGUGAAGGCUAUGAUCUUUUGAUGUCACCUGUUAAAAACACUUCAGUCAGUGUGGAUGAAGGUGAGGAGACAGGUUGGAUAAUUAUUUUUAAGCCUUGAGACAAUUGAGACAUGGGUUGUGUAUAUAUGCCAUUUAGUAGGUACACGGGCAAGACAAAGAUUUACAGUGCUGUCAGAAAAUAUUCAUACCCCUUGACUUGUUCCACAUUUUGUUGUGUUACAGCCUGAAUUAAAAAUGGAUUCAAUUUUUUUUCUUACCCAUCUACACACAAUAUCCCAUAAUGACUAAAUUAAAAAAUGUUUUUAUAAAUGUAUUAGUAUUUUCUUUAAAUGUUUUAUUUGCAUACAGAAAUAUCUCAUUUACUUAAGUAUUCACACCCCAAUAAAUACUAUUAUCACCUUUGGCA